AUGCGCAAUGGUAACAAGGUUGCAAUCAAGCUCGGAGAAAACCGGGAAGACCCUAGAGCAUUAAAGGGCGAGGAAGAAAUAUACCGAGAGCUAGCCGGAAAGGUUGGGGUUCCGUCGGUAUAUUGGUUUGAACAAGAGGUAGAAUAUAAUGUGCUCGUGAUGGAACUUUUAGGGCCGUCACUCGAGGACCUUUUCAACUAUUGCAACAGAAGAUUCUCGCUUAAAACCAUUCUCCUGAUCGCUGACCAAGCCAUUCGCCGGAUCGAGCACAUCCACCGGCGCUACAUUCAUCGGGACAUCAAGCCGGAUAAUUUCCUGCUAGGCACCGGCAGGCAGGGAAACAUCUUGUAUACCGUUGACUUUGGCGUGGCCAAAGAGUUCUCUGGUGAGGAGAUGUACCUACGCCUCCGGGGCCUCCCGUUUGGCGGAACCAGUUGUUAUGCCAGUAUCAACAAUCAUAAAGGCCGCCACCAAUCAUGGGGAGACGACCUGGAAUCCUUAGGAUACAUGUUUGUAUACUUCGCUCGUGGGUCUCUACCGUGGCAAGGUUUAAAGGCUGCAACGGAGGAGGAAAAGCUUGAGCUCAUAAAACAAAAGAAAAUGAGUUUCUCGGGCGAAGAGCUUUGCCAAGACUUGCUGCCGACCGAGUUUGCUAAGUACAUCAACUACACUCGAUCGCUGGAUCCUCGAGACAAGCCUAAUUAUCGGUAUCUUCGUAACCUUUUUCACAAUCACUUUAGGUCCAAGGGUUUCGAAUAUGAUCACGUCUUCGACUGGACUAUUAAAAGAUUUUUUGAGCUCCAUAGUGAGGGUGGCUAGCUAGCACUCUAAGGGGAGGUACCAGGGGUGAGCAGGGUCUGCUCUACCCCCUGAGAACCCGUCACACUGUUUACCACGACACACCUCAGGGGCACAGCAGGAGAUGCUCUAAUAACAAUACAAAAUAAUACACCCUCAAUUGACUGGCUGCCUCAUUAAACUAUGAUUCCUGCGAUCGCGAUCAUUCC